CAACCGGGCCUCGGUGCCCCACCAGGAUGAAGCUAGAGAAGAAAACGUCGGCUUUCACCUUUGUUCUCCUCCUGCACUUCAGUUUGGGACAAUCGGACUACGCUCCGUAUUUCUACGACAAUGGACCCAGCGGUACAAAUGGGAACAUGGCUUUGUUCAGCAUCUCUGAGGACACCCCGGUCGGCACGCAGAUUUAUGUCCUCAACGGCAGCGAUCCCGAGGGCGAUCCCAUCCGAUACGGUCUGACGGUCCAAAUGGGCUCCACGGAGUAUUUUAGGGUGGAUCCCAAGUCUGGAAACGUGACUCUCGUUCUGGAGCUGGAUCGAGAGAAACAAGAUGAGAUUUCUGUGCUCGUUAGCAUCACGGAUGGGCGGAAUAAAGUGGUUGAAAACGUGAGAGUGUUUGUCACCGACGCCAACGACGAACCGCCCCGGUUCCAAAACUUGCCUUUUAUCGUCGAUAUUGCCGAGGAUGUCAUAGCUGGCAGCAGCAUUUACAGAGUCCUGGCGCGGGAUAAAGAUCUGGGCUCAGGAGGCAGCGUCUCCUAUUCCCUGCAGCCGACGCCAUUCUCCAAGUUCGCCAUCGACGCCCACAGCGGGAUCCUGAGGGUGAAACCCGGCGAGCGGCUGGACUACGAGACCACGCCCACGCACUUUGUGACAGUGGUGGCCAAGGAUGGAGGAGGAAAAUACAAGGGCAAACUUCAGGUUUUGUCCUCCACAGCCACCAUAACGGUCAACGUCCUCGAUGCCCAAGACAUGCCUCCAUCUUUUGUAGGAACGCCUUACUUUGGCUAUAUCUACGAAGUCUCCGUUCCUGGCUCAGAGAUAUUCACCGUGUACGCCAGAGACGGUGAUCAAGGGAAUCCCAAUCCCAUUUAUUAUUCCAUCAUCGAUGGAAGUGACGGCGUCUUUGACAUCAACAGCACCAGCGGAUGCAUCACCUUGACAACGGACCCAUCCCUGCUCAAAAACGAACUCUACGAAAUUAAAGUCAAGGCAUCUGAGGUAGGAGCCCAAGAUCUGCUUCAGGACUACAACAUCGCCGUGGUGACGGUACGAGUGGUGGAUCUCAACAACCACCCGCCCACAUUUUACGGCGAGAACGGGCCGCAGAGCAAGUUUGAGGUCACCAUGUACGAGCACCCUCCCUCGGGCGAGAUCCUGCGCGGGUUUAAGAUCACCGUUAAUGAUUCUGAUCAAGGGGCAAACGCCAAAUUCAAACUGAGACUGGUGGGUCCGAGCCGUGUUCUCCGAGUGGUGCCCCAGACAGUCCUGAACGAAGCCCAGGUGACCAUCAUCGUGGAGGACACGUCCGGCAUUGACUACGAAAAGGGACCAACGCUCUCAUUUAAGCUAUUGGCGGUGGAGCUCGACACUCCGGAGCGCUUCAGCGCGACGGCAGACAUUGUGAUCAACCUCCUGGACACUAAUGACAACACUCCCAAAUUUACGUCAGAGUAUUACAUCGCCAGGGUCGCAGAGAACUCGCCCGGAGGCACCAGUGUUUCCACUGUUACAGCGAAUGAUCCCGAUUCAGGACCCUGGGGUGAAGUCAAAUACAGCAUCUAUGGAUCAGGAUCAGAUUUGUUUUCCAUCCACCCGUCGACGGGCAUCAUCGCCACGCAGCCGUGGACAACGUUGGACGCUGAGGUUCGCUCCAAGUUUAACUUCUACGUGAAGGCCCAAGACUCGGAGGGAAAGUACAGCCUGGCCGAGGUCUUUGUCACCGUGCUCGACAUGAACGACCACUGGCCUGAAUUUGAGGAGCCGCUACUAGAGAAGACGAUGAUCAUCGGAACGCCCGUCAAAGUAGAGGCGGUGGACGACGACGCAGAGUCUCCAAACAACGUCGUGGAGUACUGCAUCAUGACGGCGGAUCCCGACAACGCGUUUGACAUCGACGCCGAAACGGGCGAGAUCAAGCUGAAGCCGUACAUCAAGUCCAUGGAGAUAGUGAACAACAUCACCAUGGAGAAGGCCUGCAAGUGGUCGCUGGUGGUCGAGGCGCGAGACCAAGGUUCUCCGUCUUUUAGCACCACCGCCGUGGUCAACAUUGACAUCACAGAAGCGAUUCCUCUAAAGGGGCCUAUGGCGGCCUUUUUAAUGAAAAGCAGGGACAACCCCAUGAAAGCGUUGGGCAUGCUUACGUUCAUUAUUAGCUUGUUGGUAGGAGCGACCGUUCUCAUCUCCACGGCUAUGUACAUGCGCAACGCCAAGUCCCAAAACAGGGUGACGCCUGCGCGCCGCAUCAUCAAGAGGAGACCCAGGCAUCGGCAGCCCUGGAGUUUCAACAUGUCCGCGUUUAAAAUUCGCAACCCCUCCGAGAGGUUUCUCAUGGAGGAUCUGGAGGGAUCCCCCAAGCAGAAGAGCAGCACUCAGAAAGCGAGGCCGCCACCGCCACCCUGCGCCCCGUGUCUGCCCCCGGCCAACUACCGACCCCCCGAGUGGUCCCGUGCUGUUCCCACCAUAUCUGGAGCCUUGUCCUCCAAAGGCUCAAAGAAAGGCAACUCGUGUCGUCGCAAGGAGGGCAAUAUGAGCUCUGCGCUGGUUUCCGAGUUGAAAAUGAGGCUGGAGCAGAAAAUUAUAGAAAACAAUCAAGGUUACUAUUAAGUACUCACAUAUUUAAGAUAAAUUGAACAUCAGAUACAAAAUACAUUGGUAGCUAGAUUACAUCUUUUGAUCUGUGAGAUUAAAAAUAGUAAAAAGGCUAUUUUGGCCAUUUAAGGCAGUGAAAGUAAAGAUAGCCAGAAAUAAAUACUUAAAGCAAAGUACAGAUAACUCCAGAGAGCAAAAGAUAAUCACCACACUGCCAUCUCGAGGAGGAUCGCGUUUUACCCGGAUACUGUCUAAUACGUUUCUGUGACUGCAAAGAAACACACAUCUCCGUUCUGUUAUACCCCCCCCCCCCCCCCCCACACACACAUAUUAUACACACAUUUAUAUCUAAAUGUGAUAAAGUGCUACUGUUGCUAACUGCUUAUAAGCCGACAUUGGUUCUGACAAAAAUAGUUUCGUGCAGCAGCUUCCUUUUUUUUUUUACUAUUUGUUUUAUGUAAUGCACGGACAUUAGAAGUUCACGUUAGAAUAUUUUGGGUGAGCUAAAUCCUCACAAGAUCACACCGAGAAUUUGCGCUUUUUUUACAAUUACCAUGUGCCACAGUCGUGUUGCGCUCAAACACAAGCUAGCUCACAAGGUUGCGUUUAUGUAGUAUUGAAACACAUGCUUUUAUAUUUGUUUUCAAUGUGUGCACAAAAUUGUUUGUAUUUCAACUGCAUACAGGUUGCUUUUUUGUAAGUACGCAAAAGAAAUGGAAUCAACAUCAAAAUAUACGAGCUACAUCCAUUUUCAUCAAUGCCUUCAAAUGUAGGCAAUUUAACUGUCAUGUGAUUGUUGUAUUAUAUAAUACAUGGAGAUAUACGACAUUAACUAUAAGACACACUGCCUGGUCUUUGCAUGUGACAUAUUUGUACCGUCUUUGUAUUUGAUUGAUUUUGAAUAAAUAUCUCAACGAAA